AAACCCAGAAUUCUCGCAGCUGUCUCGUACUCAGUCUACCAAACGGGCAUUAAAAAAAAAAAAAGGACAUACUGCCAUAUUCGAGCAAUAUUAGAACCAGCCCCCCACAAGUUCCUAACUUUCCUUGGGAAAAAAACACCUUCAAUCCCAGGAACUAAAGCGAGAAGACAUUAUGCCAGCUUCCUCGCUACAAUUCCACGGAACCAAUCCCACCAAUAUUCACACCGCAACCGUUACCCUCAAUAGCCAUAAACACUCCCAAAUCAGCGCUCUUUUGCACAACCGAGUCGACCUAGUACCCGACUUGGUGGCCUUACACCACACCCACACCCUGGGGUCCAACCAGUGCUGCUCCGCCGUGGUCCAGACCAUCGACGCUCCCAUCUCGACCGUCUGGUCCAUGGUCCGACGAUUCGACGAGCCGCAGGCCUACAAGCACUUCCUCAAGAGCUGCCACGUCAUCGACGGCGAUGGUGACGUGGGCACUCUCCGAGAGGUCCAAGUGGUGUCGGGGCUGCCUGCCGCCUCCAGCACAGAGCGCCUCGAGAUCCUCGACAACGAGCGCCACGUCCUCAGCUUUAGCGUCGUCGGUGGGGACCACCGUCUCCACAAUUACCGGUCCGUUACCACCCUUCACGCCGCCUCGUCCGCCGUCAACGGUACGAUAGUGGUCGAGUCCUACGUUGUUGAUGUGCCGCCGGGUAAUACAAAGGAAGAGACGUGCGUGUUUGUGGAUACAAUAGUACGUUGCAAUUUACAAUCUUUGGCUCAGAUCGCUGAGAAUACAGCCAGAAACUAGCAAAUUAAAUAUAUAUAUGGGUCGAUUGGAUCGUGUAUCAUGGAUCAUUGAGACCCACACGGGGAAUUGGUAGUACUGUUAGGUUUUCUGAUGGCUUUAUCAUAUGGCAAUGGCUGGAGCUGAUACACUGAUAUAUGUAAUAUCAUAUUAAGUACUGCCAUAUAUAUAUGUAUGUAUGUAUAUGUUAUACUGUUUCCCUUUACCAUCGAUCCUUUCUGGAGAUCGGUAGCUAGCUCCUAUAUACGUUAAGGUACAAUAUUUCAUGUAGUGUAUUUUUAUGUUUUACGUAUGGUUUAUAUAUGGUCAUACAAAUAUAUGUGUGUUUCUUUUGGGAAUUUUUUGCGUUUUUUUUAAAAAGAAUAAAAGAAAUUCUGAGCGGCGGACACGUUUUCUGUA